ACACGUGUGUAUAUAAUAAUAUAAUAAUAUCUAUCACCACCUUUCACCACAAACACAAACACAAUCUCUUAACUCUUGAUUCUUUUCAAUGGCUGAUUCAAAAGAAACACUGGCAGCAACAAAACACAACACAAAAUCAAAUUACCGGAUUAUUGACACUCUCGAAUCCAAGGGUUUUUCGUGGGUUUUUGUUGACCAGUCAAACCCAUGGAAAGCUGGUCUUUCAUGGUCCAUCUUCUUCUUUUUAACCAUCUGUGUACCGCUUUUGUCACACUUGGCGUUUCAGUGUUCUACAUGUGAUUACAACCACCGUCGCCCGUAUGAUUUGAUCGUACAGUCGUCACUCUCGGUGUUAUCGGCUGUUUCGUUCCUUAGCCUCUUGUCUUUCUCUAGAAAGUAUGGUCUCAGGCGAUUUUUGUUCCUUGAUAAGAUGUCUUAUGUUAGUGAUGAAGUCCGCCGUGGGUAUUCCGAUCAGCUUCAUAGAGCAAUGAAGUUUUUCUAUGCAUUUGUGAUACCUUGUUUCAUUGCAAAUGCUACUUACAAGAUAUGGUGGUUUGUUUCUGGAGCACAUCAAAUACCUUACGUCUACAAUAUUUGCUUGAGCCACACAUUGGCCUGCAUACUGCUUGUAGGGUCAUGGCUAUACCGCACCGCACUUUUCUUCCUCGUGUGCAUGCUCUUCAAGCUUACAUUAUCUAUGCAAAUAUUCAGGCUCGAAGAUUUUGCUAAAGUGUUUGAGAACCAAGGAGAUGUCGGUUUAAUAUUGAUGGAACACCUUACAAUCAGAAGAACCCUCCGUAUCAUAAGCCAUAGGUUUCGCGGCUUUGUGUUAUCCACUCUCAUCCUGGUUACAGCGAGCCAGUUUGCUUCCUUGCUUGUCACAACUCGUGCCGGCUCACAUGUCAAUAUUUCCACUGCUGGAGAACUCGCGCUAUGCUCCAUUACACUUGUGAGCGGGUUGUUCAUAUGCCUACGAAAUGCAGCAAAGAUCACACACAAGGCUCAGUCUGUGACAAGCUUGGCGGCCAAAUGGCACACUUGUGCCACCAUUGACUCAUUUGAUGACAUGGGUCCAACCGAAGAGACUAACAUUACUUCAGAAACAAAUAAUUACCUUUUGAAUCAGACAGAUUCCGAUGAUGAAGGAGACGAUGACAAAUUGGAGAACACAAAGUUAGUUCCAAUUUAUAGGCAUACAGUCUCAUACCAGAAGAGACAAGCCUUAGUGACAUACUUGGAGAACAACAAGGCUGGGAUCACAGUGUUCGGUUUCAUGCUCGACAGGACAUAUCUGCAUACAAUUUUUGCUCUUGAAAUGUCUCUCACACUUUGGUUACUCAACAAAACUAUCGGCUUAUCGUAAAUUAGUUAUCCAUCAUGUGCAAAGAUGACUGAAAACACAAGGGAUACUUCAGUUUGACCACAAGCAUAACACAAGGGAUAGUUCAGUUUGACCACAAGCAUAGCCACUUGGCCUCACAACAUUUGAACCAUUUGGUAAUUAAUCUUUAGGAAUCAAUAUAACUUGUAAUACAAGUGUAAGUUGUUAAUCUAGUUAUUUGUGUUGUUUCAUCUAGCACAAUGUGUAACCUAUUGUUCUUCCUUCUAAUCAGGCUUUUUUUAGGCACAAUAUAUGUGUGUAACAAAAGAACCAUGGGUUGAAUCUAGCUCACCCAACUAUAUAUAUCAAAGAAAGUCCAACUUAGUUGUCA